AUGGCCCCGGGCGCACCUCAACUGCCCACCCGGUUCCCUUGCUGGUGUCGAGCCGUGUACUCCUGGGGUGGAGAAACCAAUCGGGACCUGGGAUUUGUGGAAGGCGACCUCAUCGAAUGUCUCAACGCCGGAGAUGGACAGUGGUGGAUGGGUCGUCUGCGUCGGGAUCGUCGCAUGAUGGGUCUGUUCCCAUCCAACUUCGUCGAAGUCCUGGGGGAGAACUUCGUCCCCGUCAGUAGCUCAGCCAGCCCCAUGGUUGCCGCAGCCCAGUCUCCGAUCAUGAAUCCCACCUCGGCUCCCAAAAAGCAGAAGACCGUGUUCAGAAGACCUUUUCAAGCCCACAAGGAGGCCAUGGCCCCCUCCGGCGAACUAUCUCGAAGUGGCACGUCGGCAUCGCCAACAACGACAACGCCAACAAGCUCGAUACCCCAGACUCCACCCCGCGACGGGAGCCUUUCACGGAAAGUCAAGCCACUACGCAAUGCUGCGACAACGGUGAAACAUCGAAGCUCCGUGGCUAGACCGUCAUCGCAGUCGGGGCCUUCGACACACCAGUCCCCAAGGACCGCCCAACCUCGGCCAGAGCCCAGGUCGUCGGCCACGCCAACGGCACCGAUCCUCGCCCAGCCCUAUCCCUCAUCCCGCGCAGUAUCCCCUCGUCCACCGCAGGAAGCGGAGCUCUCGUUACCUUCCCUUCCACCGGGGUCGAGCUCGAUGCACUCCCGACCCCCGUCGCGCGCAGUGUCUCCGCGACCCCCGAACGAAUUGGAUUACCUUCCACCAUCGGUGCCCAUGCAACAGAAUGAUCCCUAUUCCCAUGCCUCAUCUCGCGAAAUCUCCCCUCUACAGCUCCAGGAACGCGAAGAAUCACCACCCCCACCCCCUCCGCCCCCGCACCGUGUCGCAGUCAACCGCCAGCCGACGAUAGAGACGGGUGUACCGGCCCGAUUUGAUAUGAAUGACCGCUAUGUGACCAUGUCCAGUAGGACCCCGUCUCCGGCGGUGCACUCUCGUGGACAUACCCCCUCCCCGCUCCGAGACGCCAUGGAAGGGGUAAUGACUUCGCUGGAAGACAUGGGAUUGCCGCGGCAGACCCACUCCGCAUCCCCGCAGCCCAUGGUGGGAAACCCGUGGUCGCCAGAUGCCUACGAGAGCUUAAGGGGAAACCACCAGCCUUCGCACACAAUAGGUCGUUCGUUAACGUCGUUAGGAUUCGAUGGGGAUAAGGACUACGAUCGUCCGGGGGUGCCUCCUCACCGAGGCAGUGUCUACGCCACGGACCACUUCCUAGAUGGCCCGCCCCAGCUGAACAAUUACGUGCAGAAGAUGGAAAGUCGGCUGCGCCAGAUGCAGGCGCAAAACCGGAGAGGCUCUGAGGAUAUACAACUACCGGAGGACGACGACGAGGAGGAGGAGGAUGACGAGGAGCCCCCUCCGCCACCUCCAAAGAAUGUUCCCUAUCAUGGGCGCCACAAUUCUGUCCCGGUGCAGUACUCGUCAUAUUCCGUGGGGCGGCAAUCCGGGCCAGACCUGAGGGGCGAUAUCCUCAAUCGGAGUUACACGAACAAGUCGAGCACGACCAACUCCAGCGGCGUACAGAGCAUCAGUACCAACCUGACCGCGAGCACUGAGAGAACCAACCAAAGCUUCAUGAGUGGUGCAUCGGCGGGCGGUUUCAGCGCCACCAGCGCCGGCAGCUACGCUCGCAGGAAUGUAGGCGCAAAUGGGCGGCCCAAUACUGCUGUCGACACCUUUCGCGGCCGGGGGUUCAGCGACGCACCGCGCAUGGCACGACCCGAGACCCCCCUGACUGGGAUCUCUUACCACUCCAGCCACAACACCUCGCGGCAGGGAGCGUCGUCGGCGAUCCCUUGGACGUCGCCUGACACUGUGACGGAAGAGUCGGCAGGCGUGUUCGGCGGCCUGUCCACCCCCAAAGCCAAGAAACAUGGCUUCUUCAAGAAAAUCCUCGAAUCGGCGAAGACCGGCGCGGCCAAUGCCCGGAGCAGCAUUGCGGUGGGCCAGAGUGGCGGAUCCUAUUCUCCCACUAAGGGUCGAGCGAUAUCCCCCAUCCGCGCGUCGCCCUCUCAGCGCGACACAGCGCGGGAGAUGGGCCUGGGGGGUGCAAUCGACUGGGUGCAGGUGCGACGUGACGUGAACCGCGCCAGCUCUCCCAGUCGGAACGAGCGAGUCGAACGGGCCGAGCGAUGUCAGAUGAUGGACCAUCCGGUGAUCUACGCGGUGGAGGAAUUGUACGAGAGCGCCGAAGGCGACGAGAGCAUCGACGGGCUGCCAAUCAGUGAGCCGACGGAUUUUGCCGCUGCCAAUCUGAGCCUCGUAGACAAGAGCGCGCGCUUUGUCAACAGUCUUCCGCCGAUGACCAACCCGAUGAGUCUCGCCCAAGGCUACGUGUGUCGGCCGUACAAGAGCGACGUGCAGCGGCUCCGCGCCCUCUUCACCUGGGUCAGUGAGAAGAUCGCCUGGGAUGAGCCGGUGGAGGGGGUCGGCCUCGAUCUGAGAAGGGUGCUGCAGACCAAGCGAGGAAGCCCCCAGGAGGUCGCCUAUCUUGUCCGCGAGAUGUGUGCUGCCGUGGGCCUGCAUGCCGAGGCCAUCAAAGGAUUUCUGAAGGCGCCCGGCGACCUGUUCGAGCUGGAUAGUCUCGCCCGAGCGAACCACUGGUGGAACGCCGUACUGGUGGAUGGCGAAUGGCGCAUCAUGGACUGUUCCCUGGCCAGCCCGACCAACCCACGGCGAAGUCAGUUCGUCACCUCCGUGUCGUCGUGCGCGGCCGAAAGCUGGUAUUUCCUGGCCCGCCCUCUUGAGAUCUGUUAUACGCAUGUACCGCUGGUCCCCGAGGAGCAGCAUAUAUGCCCGCCCAUCUCGCCCGACGUGCUCCUGGCGCUUCCGCCCGCCUGUCCCCAGUAUUUCAAGAUGAGCCUCCACUUUCCCGACUACGACACCAGCCUGGUUCGCAUUGAUGGCUUGGAGGUCAUGCAGGUUCGUCUGCUCGUCCCCCCGGACGUGGAAUGUGCCGCCGAAGUUGAAGCGCCCACGUUUGCCCGUGAUGCCGAUGGCGACUUCUUUGAGAGUGGGGAGGUGGUGCGCAAGCGGGCCUUGGCUCAGCCUGACUGGAUCAAGGGCCAGAAGCGAGUCACCAUCAAGGCCGUGCUGCCGGGCGACGAGGGACAGGGGGUGGUGAAGAUUUACGCCGGUCCGAGAGGCCUAAUGCAUUCCAGUCGCGAUAUUCCCCAUCCCCUGGCACUGGCUCUGCCCAUCGUCCACACCGGCGACAAUCCCCCGUAUGAGUUCGUGCUGCGGCAUCCGACACCCCAUGCCCAGCGGCACGACCUGUACAUCAUGCAGCCCCAGUGCUCCCGGUUGGCGGUCAACAACACCUUUGUCUUCGCCGUUCGCCAGCAUCCGUCGUCUCCGCCGGUCACCUCUCAGGGCCCGGACACCGGACUGGGGGGACGCAUCUCCCCGUCCAUUCUGUCACGACCUGCCAGCGCCCUCAGCAUGGUUUCCAGUUCUGCGGGUGGCUCCUCCGUGUCCACCGUCUCGAAUGAGUUCUCGGCCUCGACGUCAGCGAUUUCAUCAACACGAUCCAGCUCCGGGCGAGAGAAGCCGGCCAAGCUGGCGAUCCAGUCGCCCUCGGGCAAGAUCCUACGACUGAGCCGGAAGGCCGACCACAUGGUGAGUACCACUAGCAGUGCCGACUCCGCCACAGAUGAUACGGCCAGCGGCAGUGUGUGGGAGACGGUGAUCAAGAUCGGUGAACGUGGCGUGUGGAGAGGCUUAGUCCUGGCAGAUCGUGUUGCGCGCUGGUGUGUAUUUUGUGAAUGGGAAUGCUACUGA